AUGGAGGCAUGCAAGUUGAGGGGACUCGCGUGGAUCCUCCUCCUGCUGGAGGCUUCGCUGCAUGGAACUGCUGGCCAGAGGCGCAAUGGACGUAGGAACAACUACAAGCUGUAUGAACAUGGACCAAAUGGUGAGGGUGUUCCGUGUUCCCUGGACGUGGUCUUCAUCCUGGACAGCUCCGAGAGCGCCAAGAUCUUCCUGUUCGAGAAGCAGAAGGCCUUUGUGCUGGGCUUCAGCACGCGUCUGUCCAUGCUGCAGGUCGCCGGUUGGACGCCCAGCGUGCGCAUGGCCGCCCUGCAGUACAGCAGCUCCGUGUCAGUGGAGCGCCGCUUCUCCGAGUGGACCGACCUGGAUGCCUUCCACGGCCGCGUCAGCGUCAUGAGCUACAUCGGCCACGGCACCUAUACCACCUAUGCCAUUGGCAACGCCACCCGGCUGCUGGUCGACGAGACCCCUGAGGAGGCCGUGCGCGUGGCCGUGCUGAUGACCGACGGCGCCGACCACCCGCGUAAUCCCGAUGUGGUGGCGGCCGCUGUCCGGGCUAAGGAACUCGGCAUCAAGGUGUUCGCCGUGGGGCUGUCCGACACGGCCAGGCGGGGGGCAAACAGCGCUAAGCUGCGGGCCAUGGCUAGCUCCCCUGCCGAGCAAUUUGUGCAGAGCCUCCAAGACCCUCAGCUAGAACAAAAACUGCUCAAAGAGAUGGGAGAAGUCGUCUUACAAGAGUGUCCUGAAAGUCAGGCGUGCAUGUGCGAAAGCAAAGAGCCAGGCCCGCCAGGAGCUCAGGGCCGAAAAGGAGAUCCAGGUCCGAGGGGCCCGCCCGGCUCCAAAGGCAUCAGGGGGGAGCCGGGUGUGGACGGUCGACCGGGAAGUGACGGCCUACAGGGGCGUUCAGGUUUCAAGGGAAGCAAGGGGGAGAGGGGAGACUGUGGGCCUCCGGGCGGAAAAGGUGACCAGGGAUUGCAGGGGGUGGUUGGACCACAAGGAGCAAAGGGAAAACAGGGUGAGGUGGGACCACCUGGAGAUUUUGGCCCCGAGGGACCAACUGGAAAAAAAGGUGACAGAGGGCCAAGUGGUAAUCCUGGACCACCAGGGGACUUUGGGAUUGGCUUUCCAGGGGCUAAGGGAGAAAAAGGCAACUACGGAAGACCGGGACCGACUGGUCCAGUUGGUAUCGGAGAACCGGGACUACCAGGUCCGAUUGGACCACCUGGAGCUCGGGGAAACCCGGGAUCGCCUGGAGAAGGCUUGCCAGGUCCCAAAGGGGAUCGAGGAUUCGAUGGACCCCGAGGAAAUCGUGGGCUACCUGGCAUCGGAUUCAAAGGUGACAAGGGCAGUCUCGGCCCACCCGGCUCACCAGGUCCGCUUGGCGUUCCCGGUGUCGGAACCCAAGGAGAGAAGGGUGAUCCAGGCGCACCUGGACCUGUAGGCCCCCGAGGAGGUCCAGGUCUGGGAAUACAAGGACCCAAGGGUAAUCAGGGAUUCGCAGGAGUACCAGGACCACCCGGUGAGAGAGGUGUAGGAGUACCAGGACCAAAAGGGGACGUGGGGCCCAGUGGCCUGCCAGGCAUACCGGGUCAGCCGGGAGAGGACGGGACCCCAGGACAAAAGGGAGACAUCGGCUUUCCAGGGCCAAGGGGACCGGAUGGCAGUCCUGGGAAAGGGGCACCAGGAGAAAAAGGAGCCAGAGGGGACCGAGGAUCCAGGGGCCAGCCGGGUGCUGUUGGUCCUGUGGGGCCGACAGGGCCAAAGGGGGAUCCUGGAUUUAUUGGGCCACCUGGUGCACCCGGAAAACCAGGGAUAGGACUACUGGGACCCAAGGGAGAUCCAGGUCCACAAGGUCUUCCUGGUGCUGUAGGAGAACCCGGGAGGGGUGUAACUGGACCCAAGGGUGACAGAGGGCCAACUGGACCCUCAGGACUACCCGGAGGUAAAGGCGAAGGUUUUCCCGGUCCACCAGGUCCUCCAGGUCGCCCUGGCUUAACAGGAGAGACUGGAGUAGAUGGUGUAGGCCUACCUGGAGCAAAGGGAGACCGAGGCCUGGUUGGACCUUCUGGACCUGCAGGGCCACCAGGAAUUGGACUGCAAGGACCAAAGGGUUCAAUGGGCAUGCUAGGUCCUCCAGGUCCACAGGGACCCCCAGGAGAGGGUAUUCAAGGACAAAAGGGGGAGCCCGGAUUCCAGGGGAUCCCUGGCCCGAGGGGUCCUGCUGGAGUGGGACUACAGGGUGAUAAGGGCGACCGAGGCUUUCCAGGUGACAAAGGGAAAAAAGGAGACAGAGGCUCUGCUGGGGAACCCGGAGUUACCGGACCUCCAGGCAGAGAUGGACAAAAAGGAGAACCUGGACUUACAAGGGAAGAAAUCAUCAAAAUCGUGCGAUCCAUCUGCAGUUGUGGGGUGGAGUGCCGGCAGAGUCCCUUGGAGCUGGUCUUCGUCAUUGACAGCUCCGAGAGUGUGGGCCCUGACAACUUUGAGGUGGUCAAAGAUUUUGUUAGCGCCCUGGUGGACCGCGCGUCAGUGGGCAGGGACACCACACGAGUGGGCGUGGUGCUCUACAGCCACAUCAACGUUGUGGUGGUCAGCUUAAGCCAGGAUGCGUCUCGAGACCAGGUGAAGAUGGCGGUGCGCUCCAUGGCUUACAUGGGCGAGGGCACCUUCACCGGCAGCGCCGUCCACCAGGCCAACACACUCUUACGAGCGGCGCGGCCGGGUGUCAGGAAGGUGGCCGUGGUCAUUACCGACGGCCAGGCUGACAAGAGGGACUCAAUCAGUCUUGAGAGCGCCGUGAGGGAGUCCCGGGCGAGUGAUAUUGAGACAUUUGUGAUCGGGGUUGUGAACUCCAGUGAUCCACUUUUUGGCGAGUUCAAAAAGGAGCUGGACUUCAUGGCCUCAGAACCGGAUGAAGACCAUGUGUACCUCAUUGAUGACUUCAAAACACUGCCAGCCCUGGAGAAGAAACUCCUGAGCCAUAUCUGUGAAGACACCAGUAGUGUUUUGUUCAGAUCCAUUCCAGGUGGCCGAUUUCCUUCAGUCAUUGGUGGUGACUUCCGACAGCCGACCAGGACCAGGACUGACACAAACACACGUGUCUCCACGGGAGAAAUUCGCCGAGUUCAGUCGACGACCCGCCCUCCAGCACUCUAUCCUGACAGACAAGAGACAACACCACGGCCAAAACUGGAAGACCGGAGCUCAUCGGAAACGCAGAAACUUCCUUUCUUUGACCAGAUGCACUUGAGACCGGACGGCAAGCCCAUGCGUCACCAGUCUAGGACAGGAGUCUUCGGGCCUGCCGCUCCAACCGUCAAGACGCCUAUUUCAACACCACACACCACCCCAGAGAGCUGCGCAGCGCCACUGGAUCCGGGUCCAUGCCGGGACUACGUGGUGCGCUGGUACUACGACUCGGAGGCCAACGCCUGCGCUCAGUUCUGGUUCGGAGGUUGCCACGGCAACGCCAACCAGUUUGAAAGCGAGAAAAAGUGUAAGCAAACCUGCGUGCGGGUCUAA